AUGGAACAACCUGAUACGCUACAUCCAUUAGAUGACCAACCGGAGUUGGUCAUUUUCCUGCAAAUCUUAAAUGGCAUACACUUUCAACAGGAAAAGCUGGGAAGAAAGAUAGCGUUAGUCGCAUCUUUAAAUAGCCAAGUGUUCGAAGCGGUCAGUCGACGGCCGGUUACCCCUGGAUCGGGAACCGCGUCAUUCAACGCCAAACUGGUGUGGCAGUGCGAUCGCUAUUCUCUUAAGCUAAUGAAAACGAAGAACUCUCCCAUCAAGUUGGAUUGCUUUGAAAUACAGCCGACAGGAGCUCGGUGUCUCAUAGGAAGUGUCGUCAUUCCAUUGCGCUCGGUUCCAGUCGUAACGCUGGCACGGGUCAAGUCGCUGCAAUCUCGAUGGUACAGACUAAUUGGAAUCGAACAUGAACGGUGGCGUCGUAUGAAGCCGGAAAUCAAUUUAUUGGUCAUGGUGACGACAUGCCAAUAUAUGAACCAAUGCACCAUACGUGACGAUGUUUCCACACCGGAGAUAAGCGGCGAUGAAGAAUCGAAGAUCAGUGCACCAAACCCUACAAGGUUUCCAAGCAACGUACAACUGUUGGAAGGUCGCGGCUUGCUGCAAGUAGGUUGCUACGAUAAAGCAGCUGAUCUUUUCGUAUUCGAAAUCGAACUUAAAUGUGCGCAACAUUUGGAGCAGCUUUGUCCCGGUAACGAUUCCUUUUGUCUUCUCUACGAACUGUUUGGUGAGCAUCACGUAUCUACGGCUGAGCGGGUUAAACCUGGUUCCGCGGUGUUUAACAUUAAGGCGAAAAUUAGAAUCAAUCUGCGUACCUCGCUUGAAGCGUUAGCAGACUACUUUGAAAGCGGAUUCAAGAUUCUGAUUUCGGUGCUGUUGGACCGUGGUCAAACACCAAACAAUCCGGAUAGGAUCAAGACCGGAAAAACCAUCGGAAAAGCGACCGUUGAUUUCGUUGGUUUCCUGAAGAGCAAACAUCUGGAAGACUUUAAGGCAGUUUAUGCUGCCAAUAACAACACAUUGCACAUGGUUCGGAACGUACCGUUUUUUGCCGCCCACUCGAAUUAUCAAAUGGAAGAUAAGCUACAGGAAAAACAGAUAAUACCAUCCUUGAAGUACAAAUUGUCGUUGCGAUACUUAGGCAAUGAUCGCCCUAUUUUAAAAGAUGCAAUAGAAACGCAGACCGACGCCACUGGAACAGAGAAUUUAACUCCACAGUUUGAAGAAAAACAGCAUACUGUUGAACAAAACGCAUCCAAGCCAGAAUCUAGCAAGGAAACUGCAAUGAAACAAGUAUCGAAUGAAGCGGUACCUUCAGCAGCGGUUUGUCAACCCUCAACGCCACAAUCCCCUCGUGAAAAAUGUGUAGAAGAACAGAAAAAAGUGAAUAUUGAUGCUAUUCUUAUGACAUCCGAGCAAGAUUUGCGCGAUAUUAGACGCACCUUUGCCUUUCUAGUACGUGUCGGCAUGGUAAAAUUCACCUCCUCGCCAUCACCCGGCCUGUGGCAGUUGGCUUUGCAACACCCGAAAGCGGACACGCCGUUCACGAAAAUUACGCUAGAGUUACUGCCCGAUGUUGCUGUGCAUGAGGAUCGCAUCGAGUUUGGAGAUGUCACGCUAGAGCUGCUGUUUUCGGCACUUCCCGACCGAGUGGUGGAUACAAUCAGCAGUGAACCUUCCAAGCUGACACUGAACGGUCCUCACGGUUCAUACGCCUUGGGGCGGCUGGACAAUGAAAGUUUGCUUGUUGGAUCCCGGGAACGGCAACCGGCCGGUGUUUUGGUGAUGGUUAACGAGGGUGGAGAAAAUGUGGCCAUCGCUUCGGUUAGUUGCGAUUUAAAAGAGGUCGGUUUAAACUACAACUGCCAGCUUGCGGUCAUACAGGAAAAGGUAGACGGUUGCCUGAAUGCAGGACCAUCACUUCACGGCACGCAACUGAAAGGAUUUGAUGAAACGAUCGCAUAUAAGCUGCUGGAAGAACAAAAGGCUUGGAUGCAAGAGCAGCGUGAGCAGUUUAGCGAACAAUUGCGUGAGAAGGAACACAAGCAUUUGCAAGCGCUGGCACAAAGUUGGAAGGAACAGCAAACGGUGACUGAAAAACGGCUUGCAGAGCGUUUAGCGCAUGUGGAUGCCCUGGCUGCCGCCCUAGAGGAGUCACAUCGGAAGACCGAAUCGAAUGUCCCACAAGAUACGUUGCGCGUGAAACAAAUGGAACAACAGUUUCGCGCACAAUUAGAAGAGAUUCGCGCCAAGGCGAUUAGGCUCGAGCAGGAAGCGGAAACGCAGAUCGAAACAACACGUCGGCAGGGUAAAGAAUUGCAGCAACAACAGAUACAGCUGAGCGCGGAUCAGCAAUAUUUGGUCGACAGCAACCGGGCAUUACGAAUUGAACUGGAGCAGGAGCGUGCCAGAUGUGUUCAGCUGCAACAGCAGCUCGAAGAGUUGACCGUAUCGAAACAACAGUACAAGGAGCAAUGGGCCAAGCAAACUCGCAAAGUGCAUCAGCUGCAACAGGAGGUUAGUAUGGCUCGUACACCAUACUUUCAACCAUCCGCAAAGGAUAGUCGAAUUUCCAGACGAAAAAAUGCAACCGGUUCAGUGUGUCAAAUGUCUAUGGCAGGGAGCAGUGCCCAUCAGGGUGCCGGAGAUGGUUGUAGCAUCUGCAACUGCCCGAAGGAUUCAGACGACUAA